AAUGACGUGCAGGGUGGCAAUCGAAAUACAGUGGAGCAUGAGGUGCUCGCAGGGAAUUCUGCUGGAUCCACUCAAGAAUCUGAUGCACCUACUACUGAAGGCCAAUCACAGAAUAAAAAGCGGGGGAUAACCAAAGGAUAUGAGGUCAUGAAACGAGUACAAGAUGGUACAAAGAUUGGUGGAAUCUUUCUCCCAGAAAAUGGGCAGUCCUUUGUUGGCCCUAAUGUGAAUUUAUUGAAGACGGAGAUAGGAGUCAUUACACGUCUCAUGGCCCCAUUAAGGAAGUACUAUUGGUCAGAAUUGACUGAAGCUGAAAAGCAACCACUGUUUGCAAAAUUGGAGACUGAGUUUGAUAUAAAUUCAAAUGAUGUAGCUAUAAAAAAGAUUCUCAGUUCUAGAAUGCAAAAGCGGUUCCUCAAUUAUAAGCACCAUUGUAAUAAGCAUUACAACAAAGAUCCUUUGACAGCUCGCUCG